AUGUCUCCCUCUGCCGACGUCAGCGGCUCAAGCCUGCCCAGCUCGGGUCAACAAGCCCACACCACCCGCAACUCCAAUCCCUACCAGCCUGUUGGCGACUUCCUAUCCAAUGUCUCCCGCUUUAAGCUGAUCGAGUCGACGCUGCGGGAAGGCGAGCAGUUCGCCAACGCCUUUUUCGACACAGAGACCAAGAUCAAGAUCGCCAAGGCCCUCGAUGAGUUCGGCGUCGACUACAUUGAGCUGACCUCCCCUGCCGCUUCCGAGCAGUCCCGUAUGGACUGCGAGGCCAUCUGCAAGCUCGGCCUCAAGGCCAAGAUCCUGACCCAUGUCCGCUGCACCAUGGAGGACGCCAAGAUUGCUGUCGAGACCGGUGUUGACGGUCUGGACGUUGUCAUCGGCACCUCGCACAUGCUGCGUGAGUUCUCCCACGGCAAGGACAUGGAGUACAUCACCAAGAGCGCCAUCGAGGUGAUCAACUUUGUCAAGUCCAAGGGCCUCGAGGUUCGCUUCUCGUCUGAGGACUCCUUCCGGUCCGACCUAGUCGACCUGCUUGCCCUCUACCGCACCGUCGACAAGGUCGGUGUCAACCGUGUUGGCAUUGCUGACACCGUUGGCUGCGCCUCGCCCCGCCAGGUGUAUGAGCUGGUGCGCACUUUGCGCGGUGUUGUGUCUUGCGAUAUCGAGGUCCACAUGCACAACGACACGGGCUGCGCCAUCUCGAACGCGUUCUGCGCCCUCGAGGCAGGUGCGACUCACGUUGACGUCUCUGUCCUCGGCAUUGGCGAGCGGAACGGCAUCACCCCCCUGGGUGGCCUCAUGGCCCGCAUGAUCGUCCAGGACCGCGAGUACGUCACCAAGAAGUACAAGCUGCACAAGCUCAAGGAGAUUGAGGACAUGGUCGCCGAAGCUGUGCAGGUCAACACCCCCUUCAACAACUACAUCACCGGUUUCUGUGCCUUUACCCACAAGGCUGGCAUCCAUGCCAAGGCUAUCCUCAACAACCCCAGCACGUACGAGAUCAUUGACCCCGCCGAUUUCGGCAUGACUCGUUACGUGCACUUCGCUUCGCGCCUGACUGGCUGGAACGCUGUCAAGACGCGUGUCGGCCAGCUUGGCCUGUCAAUGACCGACGACCAGGUCAAGCUGGUCACUAGCAAGAUCAAGGCUCUGGCCGACGUCCGGCCCAUUGCGAUUGACGAUGCAGACUCAAUUAUCCGGAGCUUCCACCUGAGCUUGAACGGCAAGGACGCCGAGGGCAACGGUGCUGAGAGCAAUGGCGCUGAGAGCAAUGGUACUGAGAGCAAUGGUGCUGCUGUUCCAGUAGAGGUGCAGUCCGAGGUUGCCGCGAACUAA